AUGGCUCCCCUUGAUAACUAUGACUACAACUUCCCAUAUUUUCCUCUACCACCACCGCAUAAUCCUCCAUCCCCUCCAAAAGUUGUGCCGCCUCAUAAUUAUCCAUCCCCUCCAAAAGGGUCCCCACCCCAUAAUCCUCCGCCACCACACAUUAUACCCUCCCCUCCAAAAGUUGUCCCACCCCAUAAUUAUCCAUCCCCUCCAAAAGGGUCCCCACCCCAUAAUCCUCCGCCACCACACAUUAAACCCUCCCCUCCAAAAGUUCCUCCACCACAUCAUCCAAUUACUCCACCAUCCCCAUUCCCAGUGCCAGCAACACCACCCAAUCAUCCAUUUCAUCCGCCACCACCCCAUCACAUUCCUCCACCAUCACCACCUCAUAUUAUUCCACCUGCACCCUCUCAUGUUAUUCCAUCUCCACCGCCAACACCAGGACAUCAUUCAACUGUUAUAAUUGUUGUCUUUGUCUCACUUGGUGGCCUAUUCUUUCUUGCAUUCCUCUCUGUUGCUCUCUGUUGCUUCAUUAAGAAGAAAAAGAAGAAAACGGUUCAGAAAACUGAAAUCUUAGAGUUUGAUGAGCAUACUAAAGUCCAGGAAGCCAUUAUUCCAGGCCCACAUGGUGAGAAAAUCACAGUACUAAACAUUGAAGAGGAUGUGCAUCUUGUGGAGGAGAUUAAGAAAAAUGAAAAACUGGCUGAAGGUUCGCACAUUAAAUUGGCACAUGAUCAUCCCCUGGAUUCUGAUAUAGCAACAUCCUCUUCUCGGUCCAAUCAGCAGCAUCUCGAGCACAAGGUCUGAAUGAAACACAAGCGAAUGAAAUAAGUGGCAAUGUAAUCGUAUAUUCCUCACCAUCAACAAUAUCCCUACUGGGAUAAUACAUGAAAAAUUUCUUAAUUCUUUUUCAAAGUUGUCGAUACUUCUGUUUUAAUAAAAAGUAAAGCUUGUUGGACAGUAAA